AUGAAGCACACCACAAUUUCUCUGAAAACGUUUCAAAGCACGCUCGCCCGUUAUCCCGCCACAGUCCCAGAUAAACUCCAAGAACUAGACGCACUGCGCUACGACACGAUCCCGAAUGGUCUAGCAAAGCGGAAAGAAGCCGGAGACGCGCAAUUAGAGAAGAAUGGAGUGGAAAAGCUUGUAGAAUGGAAACUUAAACACGGCACGUUUCGUCCAAAGCUGCUGCAGCUCGUGCAGAGUAAUGCCGAAGAUUACAUUCAGGACACAACGCGAAAAGCCUUUUCUCUACUCACUCCCAAAUCCUCCGAUCCAUCGCAAGCGCUCAAACUCCUUACACAACUCAAAGGCAUAGGCCCCGCCACAGCGUCCCUCCUUCUCUCUGCCUUCGCGCCAGAAACAAUCCCCUUCUUCUCGGACGAGCUGUUCAGAUGGUGCAUGUGGGAUGAGCCAGGGAGUCCUGGGGGCUGGAAGCGGGCAAUCAAGUACAACGCGAAGGAGUAUGUGCAGCUCGUCACAAGAGUGGAGCAGAUAACAACGAGACUGGAGGUCAGUGCUGUGGACGUGGAGAGAGUCGCAUGGGUGUUGGGUAAGGAGAGUGUGAAUAUCGAUGUUGAAGGCGACGAUAUGGAGAAGGGAGACCAAGGUUUGAAAGACGAUGGUGUGAGCGAAGAUCAAGAGGUUACCGAAGAGCGACCUGUCGAGAAGAAACCAAAGCCGAACAUGAAACGAAAGGUCACAGAAGCAGAUGCGUUGGCCGAGAGUCCUCGAAGGAGUACUCGAAGAAAGGCGUGA